ACAACAACUUGAGAAACAGAGGCACCUAUUUCGAUGGAUUUUGCUGAGAAAGAUGUCUGAGUUUCUUUCAGGAUUUUGAUGUUGAGAACUGGGGAGAAUAAAUCAGGCCAGUAUCAUGAUGAGGCCUUUCCCCUCCAGGCGGGUCUCUACUAUAUUCAGCAUACCUACUCCAAAUGAUUCAGAAUAUCUCUCUGGAUUGGGACUGUCUCUUCCUCAUAGCCAAUCUUCAGGAGAACAAAUUAUUUAUCUAAAGCACUCUUUUGUCAAAAAAAUGAACAAAUGUUUAUGGAAAAGAUGGCUGUUAGGAAUAUUACCUGUGGUUUCCUUGACUGUCACAGUAGUUCUUUUGGUCAUGCAUUAUACAUUAGCUCCAGCAUUCUCUUUCAUCUAUGUUGGUGGAAGUGUUGAAAUUCCUAACCUAACCUUCACAAGUGAUUUAACACAUCCCAGGUCACACAGGUUUACAUUGCAAGCUGAAGUUCUCCAGAAUUAUUUUGCAGAAUUAUAUGGCUCUUCUGUCUUAGGAACUUAUUAUUUGAAAUCAGUUAUUUCUGCCUUUAGUGAAGGAAAAACUGGCCUUCGAGCAUACUACUGGAGCACCUUUUGGGCCCCAAAAGACAUUGUUAUCACUGUUAAAAAUGUAAUCUCAGUGAAGCAAAAGCAAAUCAUUAGUAAAAGGAGACCCCCAAAGAUUAAUGGUUCAUCUGAAACAGAUUCUUUGGAAGAAGAUUUUGACAUAAUUACAAUGGAACUUUUUGUUUCAGAUUAUAUGGACUAUGAUGUUACAUUAAAAUCAGCAGAGCUACAAUUAAAAUCAGUGGAUUUAGAAAGGUGUUACUCUCCAUGAGUAAUCAACUGUAACAGGAGUCUGGACAAUUUCCAAGGAUGGACCUGAUCCUGAGAAGACUUCUUUAGGAUGGCAGUGCAAGUCACAGAACUCAAAAGGACUCAGUUCUGAAGAAAAGUAUUAAGGACUUAACUUGAUGAAAGGUUAAUUGUCCCAAACUGGACAUUAUUGUUUGUCCACUUAAAGUAAUGUGGUUCACUUGCUUUCUCCAUAAGCUGGUUCAUUUAGGGCUGCUUUUCAUUGAAUUCAUUGGUGAAAGGCUCUGGCUGAACACUGAGAAAUUCAAGACACAAAUCAGUGUCAUAGAAGAGAUCCUUUUUCACAGCCUUUUUGCAUUUGCCUUGUUCCAAAGGGGGGGGGGCAACUUCAUGGGGUGAGAACACAG